UCAAAUUGUCUAGCUGAACGAACGUAUUUUUAUAUUAAAAAUUUCAUUUUAAUCUAAUAUUGCCAUUUUCUUCUUUAUUACAGUACAGAUCAUGUCACUUGUAGAAGUAACAUAUAGUGACGAUAUUCAUACGAAACUAGACACAAAUUAAAACUAGCAUAGCAUGUGAUGUCAUAUAAAUGUAAAAGUAUUAAUUUAUUUCCACAUGUAUAGUAUUUUUGUCAAAACAAAAUAGAUAAUAAUCUAUGAAUCCCUAUUAUUAUCAUUCUCCCAGACCAUCUCACCAACAAUCAAAUCCAAAUAUGAUGAUGCAUAUCAAUAACAUGGCGUUCUUACCACAAGAUACGUUUCAUCUACAGUACAACACCUACGGCAUACCUGGUCAAACGUCAUCGCAAACAGCACCACAAGCUAGCAUUUCAACAAAUUCGAAUGAAGAUUUGAUUAUGCGAAAAAAGCUCGAGCAAAAACGUCGUUUUCAACAAAGUAAACAUGUUGAUGCCAACUCAUUAAUUCAAGCAAUGUUUGAAGAUUUCAAAGUACAAAAACCGACAAAUGAAACGAAAAAAACAAUUCCAAAAACGGAACAGAUUCUUGAAGAACCUAAGAUACCUCCACAACAAGAAAGCGUAAGCCACCACAGCAUGUCUCCACAACAAGAAAGCGUCAUUCUCCACAACAUGUCUCCACAACAGGAAAACGUAAGUCAAUUACAAAAUCAUCAUUCAAAACAUCGUACGUCGCAACCGUUGCCCGAACUAAACGACGUCAUGCUGAAAUGUUCUGAUUUGCGUCAUCCAGUAAAAUUAUUGCCCAAACAAUCCAUAGCAGACACAACCAUAUCUUCUAUACAUGAUUCUCAUUCUCAAACGAAGCUGUUUGAGCCAUCCAAACGUGCUGCUGAUUGGUCUCAUGUGACUGAAGAUAUUAAUGAUCUAUUUCUAAAUUUACAAACGUAUUCUGAUGUGUCAACAGUGGCUCCGGCUUCAGUUCAAACCACAAACUCACCGCCAUUAUUUGAUAAUGUUCAUUCAAACACAUUUUCGUCUUUUGCACAGCCUAUCGCUCCUCAGGUGCAAUUUCAGUACCCAUCUUGGAGUUAUAACGAUAAUCUUCUGCCCGUUGUUUAUCACCAUGUAUACGAAGCAUCCUUCUUGAACAACGGCAUUCAGACAGAUCUUUUAUAUCCGAUUUUAUUACUAUCGGGAUUAUCGAAAGAGCAAUUGAGUUUUGUAUGGUCAAGUGUCAACUAUCAACUGCCAGGACAAUUAAUUAAAGAAGAAUUAUAUUGCGCACUAGCGCUGAUUGGUUUAAUACAACAACAUAUGAACAACGUAACCUUUGAACAUUUAUAUCAUCUACAGCAAAUACCUGUUCCAUAUUUUCAAUUACCUAAUGCUCAAGACGAACAUUCUUUAACGAUGGAAAAUAAACAAGAUCUUACGAACGAAGAGUCAAAACAAAAUACACAAGAACCAGUUUCUAUAGUAAAUUUAUCAUCACCAACAGUUGAUACUGCCACCAUCAUACCGAUAAAAUCAAUUAAAGAAGAAUCUGUUGGUUUCCACGAGUUUUUGGAUGAAAAAGAAACAAGCACAAUCUCGUGUGUGACAGAUGAUAAAUACUCUUUAUUUAAACAAGAUGAUUCUGUUAUUUCCUCAUGUGAUCCAUAUUCUCUGUUCAAAUUCAGUCAAACUCCAAGUGUAUUUGUUAGUGAUGCUCAAUUAUCUAGUAGUACUACUGAUAGCCAAAUUAAACAAGUUAAAACUGAUUCUUUGACAAACAGUUUUACUGAAAGUCAUCAGGGUACAUAUUCUCUCUUUCAACCAGAAAAUACAAGUAUCAAAUAUGCGAUCGAAUCAGAUCCAUAUUUUGCAUUUCGUGAAGAACAACAACGACAGGAGGUCAUUGACGACAUCAGAAUCGAAAAAGUUGAGGAAAUUUCGUGGUAUAAGUCUGAUAAUGAAAUCGUCGAUACCGUCAAUUGCAAUUUUCCAUUUCAUCGACAGGGAGAAACUGGUGAUAUUUUUGCUAAUUUAUCGAGGUCUAACGUAUUUACUAAUGAACUUACUAAAACUGAUUCGUACUCUUUAUUUGAAUCGAAUAAUAACCCGACGUCUCUUUCCAACAUAUCGGCAGCGAGUAUAUCUACGUUUUUAUAUGAACCGCCUGAAUUAAUUACAACGAAUAGUGAUAAUGAAGAAGAAGACAAUAUUCAAUUCCAACAUAAUGACGAUGAUGAUGAAGAUAACUAUUUGUCAUCAAUAGAUGAGCAACAACCUUCAUUUUUAAAUGUCAACCUACAGUAUAAAUCAUCCGAUAGUCAAUCUGUAGCUAGUCUUGAUUUACCAAAUAAUUCGAUAAUUCAAAGAAUAAAAGAAGAUAGCCAUAGUAAUGAAGUUGAUAUAAUAUCAUCUGUUGCGAAUAUGAACGAUGAUAAUAGAAGUACUAGUUCACAAAUAUCAGAAACAAUAAAACAAUCGAAACAAGGUAUAAAUUUUUCUCCAUACGCGAAUCAUGAUAUGACACAUGAGGAUAAUGACGAUGUAUCACCUACAAAAGUAUGGCUAUCAUGUUUACAAAAAUGUGGAUUGGUAUUGUCUACAGCCAAUGAAAUAUUUUCAUCAAUAAAAAGUUCGUUAUUAUGUGUAGAAAUAUUACAAAAUUCAAAAGCAAUUGACUAUGUCUAUCAAUUACAAGAAAUAUAUUAUUUAAGUAAACGAAUUUUAACCUCUAUUAAAUAUUACGGAUUGAUAACAAAUGAAUUGAAUGAUAUUUCAAAACAGAUUAUUGUCACAUGGACAAAUUUACAGGCAUUUUUUUCCAGUGCGAACUUGCAAUUGCCGAAUGAAGAAUCAAUUGAUUAUACGUCUUCCACAAUUACAAACGUUAAUAGUAAUGAUUAUUGUCAUAUUUGUUUAAUAUCGUUAAAACUUGAUUCUUUAUAUCCUUCAACUUGUUUGAAUUUAUUUAAUAUAUCGAUUAUAACAUUUGGUGAUCAUUUGUAUCAUGCAUCGUGCGCAAAUUUUUAUUUAAAUAUGAUUAAUUCUAGUCUACCAUCAUUAAUGUUACCUCAUUUUUCUUAA